CUCCUCACCCCAGUCGCUGAGAGAGAAAAGAUAUCGAACUCCCGCGAACCUUCGGAGCGCGCACGGGGCGGGCGAGCGAGCGAGAGAGAGAGAUGGCGUACGGCGGCGGCAGGAGGGGCUCUUCCAGGUGGGGCCUUCCGAUGGUGAGGUCGGACGCGCUCGGCAAGCUGGGGCCCUCCUUCGGCAUCGGCGCCGGCUGCGGCGUCGGCGUCGGGGUCGGCCUCAUCGGCGGCGCAGGAAUUGGAGCUGGAUUCCCUGGUUUACAGCUAGGAUUUGGAGCUGGUGCUGGAUGUGGAAUAGGAAUAGGUUUUGGCUAUGGUUUUGGAAAGGGAAUUGCAUAUGACGAGAAUGGUAAAUAUUCAAACAUCAGGAGAUCAUUUCAGAACUCCAGGAGCCUUCCUUAUGACCAAGAGUUUGAUAUCCUUUUUGACGAGGUGAUGGAGAGCACCAGGAAGCUGAUCAAAGCGACGACAAAGGAGAUCGACAAGUGGAGGCGCAUGUAGAGCGAACAGCACACCACAUGAACAAACAGGGAUUCAGCGAGAUACGCCGUCAGUAUUCUACCCUCGUGAAGGAUCAAUUUCGUCAAGGCACAUGCAAGGAUGCUAGCGUCAUGUGACCGCGACGCCAUUCCCGCCCCACGGGAAUAUCCUGCGCGGCGUCGCUGUCGGCAGCACAUUGUUCAUCUGUAAAACGCCUGUUUCGCAUUGAAAUGCUGGGAGAAUCGCCUCAAAUCAAACCUUUCUCCAUCGCCUUAAGCAUGGUGUCUGUAUUUAAUUUGAUUAGCAGUCAACGUCACCUCGCUGGA